AGGUUUAUUUUUAGUUCCGCUCCCAAAAAGUCCCGAACAGCGAUUGGAAUUCCAUUUUCCCGAUUCCGAAAUCCCAAACCCAAAUGAAAUGGAUCCAUCGUCGUUAGAGGACAGUAUCUCUUGGGAUUUUCUCGAUUAUACCUUCAUCGGCGGCAACCCUUCCCCAGAAUUCUGUUUGCCCGAUCAUAGUGCUAGCGUGGAAUUUGAUUUUUCGUCUCGGCGAGAGGAAGAUUGCGCCCAAAGAGAGUGCUCGCGGAAGAGGGGGAGAAAUGAUUCGUGCAGUAGGCCUGUCUCUAAAGCUAGCCGUGAGCGAUUGCGAAGGGAGAGAUUGAAUGACAGGUUUCUAGAGUUGAGUUCGGUUUUGGAUCCUGGGAGAACUGUCAAAACUGACAAGCAUGCCAUACUUGAUGACGCAAUCAGAAUUUUGAACCAACUGAGAUCUGAAUCUCAAGAACUUAAAGAGACAAAUGAGAAACUACUGGGAGAAAUACUAAGUCUAAAGGAAGAGAAGAAUGAACUUCGUGAAGAGAAGCUUGUGCUGAAGGCAGAUAAGGAAAGGUUGGAACAGCAAUUGAAAGCUAUGGCUAUUCCUCCUGCUGGGUUUAUACCAGGCCAUCCAGCUGCAUAUCAUGCUGGGACAAACAAGAUGGCAGUUUUUUCCAGCUAUGGGUUUGUUCCAAUGUGGCAAUACUUGCCUCCAGCUGCCCGUGAUACAUCUCAUGAUCAUUUGCUCAGGCCCCCUGCUGCAUAGUUUUUUGAUAAUGAUAUUGUAAUUUUGUUGCAGGAUUGGCAAAAUGUGUAGUCUGGUGGACUUUAUCUUCUAAGUUAAAUCAUCUGAGUCAACUGAUCUCAAGCGCACAUCAAAUAUAUAUAUGUCUCUCCUAGAAACUUUUGCGCGUGGUAUUUUUGCAAGCCUUUCUUCUUUCUUGCCAGAGGUGGAGAUUUUGAAAAGACUCUGAAUUGCUGAAGACAUGCAAGGUUAUCUGCUAAGAAGGUAUGAAUCGGAGUGCCAACAAUUCAAAAUGACAGUUGUAGAUGAAUAUAUAUUCUAUGAUUUAUUGGGGGAUCUGAGGUGAAGGUUACAAGAAGGUAUUCAGUUUUCAUCUCAAUCUGAUUUGCUUGCUUAAUUUUCUGUACAGACUCUCUCUGGCAUAUAACAGUCCAUUAGUUUCUCAUCCUCCCUGUUUUCUCUGAAGCAGAAGUUGAUGCAAACUACUCUUCAAAUUCCUCUGUUCACUUUUGAUAUCCUUCAAUUUAGGCCUCGUUUGUUUUCGCAGA